AUGGGUUUGGGAAUGGAACUUGAAGUUUCGCACAGUUUGGGAAAUGAGGAUCAAUUCUGGGACGAACUGCACCGCGUUGUUGACGCGCAAUGCGACUCCCAUGCGGCGAUCGACAACGUUCUUCGAGCAUACCUCGAGUUGACAACGAGAUAUAAAGAUGACCUCCUCCAUUUCGGGCACAACCUCUCCCGAUGCUCUGAGAUUUUGCUCACCUCAGAGCUAUUCUCCGGAAAUGCAGAAUAUAUACGACGGCAGAUAAUAUACAGCUUGCUUCAGGAAGAUGACCCGAGCGCUCUCUAUGUUAUCGUGUUGCUCCUCCUUGUCGAUGGCCGCCACGAUGAAAUUGCAUUUGAAAUGAUGAAUAGCGAAGGGGCCUUCGUACGGCUAUUGGAGCUUAUACAGUCGCGGCGACGCAGAACCGGUGAUCAUGAAGCUGGUCUUCAUCGAUUAUUGAUGGAUCUGUUUUAUGAGAUGUCGAGAAUUCAGAGGAUUAAGAUUGAAGACCUGCUUCUUGUAGAUGAUGAGUUCAUAAAGGUUUUGUUUAGCAUAAUUGAGGAGGUUUCAAAUGAUGUGGACGACCCAUAUCAUUACCCAGUCAUCAAAGUUUUGUUGGUACUCAAUGAGCAGUUCAUGGUCUCUACUCAUGAUGCUCCUGCAGAACACCCUUCGCUCGUCCCACCUACAAACAAAGUUAUCAAGGUCUUGUCAAUGUACGGGGGCGUUUACAAGACUUUUGGUGAAAAUAUAAUACUUCUUUUAAAUCGUGAAAAUGAGACAUCUCUUCAACUUCUCACGCUCAAGCUCCUAUAUCUACUCUUCACAACACCUUCUACUUAUGAAUAUUUUUAUACUAACGACCUCCGAGUUCUCGUUGAUAUAUUAAUUCGUAACUUGUUAGACCUUCCGGAAGAGGCCUCUGCUCUUCGUCAUACAUAUCUUCGUGUUCUCUACCCGUUGCUAACCCAUACUCAAUUGAAAAAUCCUCCGUAUUAUAAGCGCGAUGAGCUAAGAAGACUGUUUGCUAUCCUUAUUAGGGAUCAGAUUGCUGGCUAUGAAGACGAGUACGAAAAGAUCCUUCACUUUGAUGAAGUUGAUGAAACAACUAAGAGAUUGGUACUGCGUUGCGCGCAAGUUGAUUGGCUAAUCGAACACGAAGAACGGUUACCAGUAAAAGGGUUGCCAUCUGUUGGUAUCUGUAAUGAGGCGCAAGAGACCCAUUCAGAAGCAAAAACCGAGGCCACAGCUGACGAGACACUGUACCCGGACCGAACAUGUGUUGCGACGAAUCUUCCUAAAGAGAGCUCCGCGGAGACUCUAUCUCCCGUGGACCGAAUGCAGGCUCAAUCCCCUAGCACGGGCCUUGAGCCAUCGCGUGCUUCGUCUGUGAGCAUGGCAGAGAUCGCCACGCAAAGAGAGAAGCCCGGAGUCAUGAUGCCAAGGAAAAGCGCCGCUGUUCAGACACUACCAAAGAAAAAGCCAGAGCCGCCAAAGGCACGGGGAUGGCGAGGUCGUAGAGGACGGGAGGAGGAAGAACAUAAGGAGACAAAUAUGUCACCGGGGCCAACUCACCUUCGCGAGAAACGGUCAAUUAUUCGUCGGACAGCGUCCGAAUGUCAGCCUACUUCUCAUACCAUCACCAUUGAUGCGCCGUCUCCACCCUCAACUAGUACAACGUCGGAAGCCGACCUGACAAUACCUGUCUCCAAACCCCGUGCUCACCAUUCUUCUCUCCACCCACCCGCCGUGCCGCCACCACGUCGAUCAUCCCACUCGGUUCCCCCUCCUGUAGCGUGCGACGUUCACCACCACUCCCCUAUUCCUCCGACCCCACCCCAUCAUCAUCACAACCAUUCUCAUCCUCAAACACAGGUCUCCAGCAAGACUGGUCUACAAAAACCGGAGCCUCCAAAGACCCGUCGUUGGCGCGCUCAUCUGCAUGCCCGUUUAGCUGUUGAUGAGAGGAGUAGAUGUGGAACCCCGCAGAGUGAUGGAGAUGAUACCAGUAAUUUUUCGCGUGAGUCGUCUAUUUCGAAUGUCUCUAGACCUGGAGAGCCUGAUCAUGCUGCCCUAGAUGGGAUCGCAGAGAUAGAGAAAACUGUCUAG